AUGGAGGAGCAUUCGGAACAAUAUAGCCUACAUUCUCCAAAAAAAGUGAGGAAGACAGAUGUUAAAGAAGUCGGGGAGAUGUCUGGAAGGAUACCUAAAGAGAAUAAUGAAUUUUCUGGAGCAAGUAACCAAAGUGUGACAAUCGUGAGUAUAUUGAGGCAGGGAAUACAAAGUAAGGAUAAGAAUAUGCUAGAGAAUGCGCUUUCUCACAAUGAUAGUAAGAUUAUUAGAAGUUCUGUAAAUCAGAUUUCCGAUGUAAAUUCUUUGGAGCUUUUUGAGGAGGUAAUGAAUAGAAUAGAAGAUAAUCCAAUGAAGCUUUUGGAGCUUUCAAACUGGGUCACAGUUUUGCUUGAAAGAAUAGGGAAGCAAGUAGUAGCAUUUAAAGGCGAUACUAAUCGAAUUUCACUUAUUUUAAAUCAGAUGGAAAGGCUGAAUGAAAUCAUUUCCAUGAGGUUAAGCUACAACCAGGAUCUGAUUACUUUACAAUCUACCUUGGACAUAUUUCAACAUAUUAUUGAGGAAAAUAAACUUAUUACGGAAAUGUGUAACAAACUCUCCUCUGAGUCUGAUAACGCUUUAAUUACUUAUCAAUUUGAGGCCGAACAGGAAAACGAUGAAAAUGAUCAUUUUGACAAUAAUGAAGAGGAUGAGGAGGACGGAAAUGAUGAUGAUGAUGAUGAUGAUGAUGAUGAAGAUGAAGAUGAAGAUGAAGAUGACGAUGAAGAUGACGAUGAUAACAAGGAUGGUGGCAAUGAAGAGGACAUCGACAGUGAUGAUGAGAAAAAUAAUGAGAGCCAUAAUAUUCGUCAGAUUAAAAACACAAAGAACGAGGAUGAAGAGGAUGAUGAUGAGGAUGAUGAAGAGGAUGAAGAGGAUGAUGACGAAGAUGAAGAGGAUGAUGACGAAGAUGAUGGGGUGAGUUCUGAAUAG